AUGUCACUUUCAGCAGAGUGCAUACAAAAUAUUUUCCUGUUCCUGUACGAAGAUACCGCCGAUUUAUUUUCUUGUUUACUUGUCAACCGUUUCUGGUGUCAAAACAGUGUAGCACUUUUAUGGCGCCGUCCUUGGAUUCCUGGACAUUCGAGAAACCAAGAAUCUGCUUCAAAAUUAAUACAAAUUUAUGUUUCAUGCUUACCAGAAGAAGCAAAAAAAAAUUUAAUAAAGAAUGGGAUAAAUUUUCGAACACCAUCCACACCUCUUGCUUUUGAUUAUGCAUCGUUCCUUCGCGACCUCGAUUAUGAUCAAAUUGAAUCGGAAGAAGAGACUGAGGAAGAAACAGAAAGAAAAACCAAAUUAGUUGCGAACGAACUGUGUAAACUCUUUAUGAGUAAAUGUGCUACAUUUUUCAGUUUGUGUCUUGCUACGCGAGCUGAUCAAGUCGACUAUCCAUUUCUCCCAUCUUUUCCGAAUACAGGGAACUAUUUGUCAAAACUACGCGAAUUUACUUGUCAGGGUGACGAGAAAGCAGAAUUAUUUAUUGCGCUGUCUCAAGUGUGCAAAGAUAUUCAUCGAAUCAGUGUUAGUGGAACAAGCUAUAGUAUUUGGACACCAAAUUACGAGGCAGAUACUCUUAGCUUAGCCUCUUUAAUUAAAGCGCAAACACGACUAAAAAGUCUUUGUCUUUACGGAUAUCAAGGAUUCUUGGCAAAUAUUCUGAAUGCUUUAGAAUACCAGCGACAUUCUUUGGAAUCACUCGAGCUGCGCUAUACUGACAUUAAAUCAGAGAGUGAUUGUAAUAGUCUAGAGACAUUAUCUCAAUGUGGGAAUCUUACAUCUUUAAAACUGCACAACUGCUCAAUUCCACCAAAUGAGAAACUCAUGCACUUGACAAAGUUUUCACGACUUGAAGAAUUCGACUAUUGCAAUGAAUGGAAUCCGUUUUUCGCACUCCCGCCAAACAAUUUCUGGGCGACAAUGUUUCGAAAUACCACAAAAACACUACGUCGUUUAUCGUUAUGGUGGAUCAGAGCCGAUCAAAAUGACGGCGCGCAAAUAAUAGAGUAUAUUGCCGAAAAUUGUAAAAACGUCACCUAUCUUCACUUGCCGGUUCUCUGGGCGUCUGAAGUGUUUAGAAUACUCGAUUCAU